UCUCGGGAGUUUAGCUAAAGGAGGAGGAGAAGGAGGAGGAGGAAGAGGAAAAGCUUUGCUCCUGAGACUCCAGUCUUGUUGCGACCUCCUGAAAGAAGAACCAGCUGGACGUGGACGCUUCUGGAAACGGAAACGACUCUUUUAUCAACCCCCCGCGUGCCGCUUCGGUAAUUAACGGCACCUGUGUCGGAGGGGAAGAAGUCUCCGUUUCUGUUUGUGAUAUUUGGGAAGUAAAACUUCAAGAGUUCAGUCUGCGCGAGCCGGAGCACUUUCCCCCUCUCCAGGAUGUAAUCUGGGAAGAGCUGGUGACACAGGGGACCAGUUUUAGUUUCAUUUUUUAACGUCUGAAAGGAAUGUCGUCCUAAAACCAAACAAGAACCGCUGUAUUACUCCGAGGAUCAGGGCGGCAGCUCCAGAGGUAGGAGACUGAGGCGCUUCAGGUCCUCUGAGUUCAACAGGUGUGAAUGCGGAACAGGGCUGACACGUAAUCAGAGACCAGCAGAGCUGAACUAGAACCAGACUCGUCUAUUGCCUUUUUAUCUUCCGCUGCAUCUCCAGGCUUCGCUCUGUUUCCUUCAGGAAUAACCCGAGUGGCGGAGGGAGGUGAUUCAGCGAGGGAGAUAACGGAAAGCUGGACUACAGGGUCAUCGACACCUCACCUCCUGUGACCAGGACAUUCCCUUUCCCUUAAGGCACGAUGGCACGGUGGUGGGCGUGGCAGUUUGUAGUGAUCACCGUGGCAACCGUUUACCUCAGCCCAUCUCAGUGUAAUAACGAAGAGUUCUCCUCCGACACUCUGAUCAACAACGUGGUGUCCGACCCUCGGACUGGCCGGCUGUACAUCGGUGCUGUCAACCGCCUCUACCAGCUGAACUCUGACCUUGCGGUCGAGUCUCGAUUCGAGACGGGCCCCAAGAAGGACCACCGACUGUGCACGCCGCCCGUUACUGACGCAUGUGAGGAGGCUGUGGAAACAGCCAACCACAACAAGCUGCUGUUGGUUCACCCCACCAAAAACCAGCUGGUGGUCUGCGGCAGCGUCUUCAGAGGCAUCUGCUCGCUGAGGAACCUGAGCAACGUGGAGGAUCAGAUCUACUUCAGCGACACCAACGGGGAGAAGUCGUACGUGGCGAGCGCUGAGGAGAGUGUCUCUGUGGUGGGAGUGAUGUCAUCCUAUUCUACACGAGAAUCAAAGAAACUCCCUGUGUUCCUGGUUGGCAAGGGAUACGGCAGCCAUGACAGUACUAAGCUGAUUGCCACACGAAUCCUGGAGGACUAUAGCGAAUGGGUGUAUUUUGACAGCAUCGUGGAGGCGUCCGCCGUCCAGGCAAACCCUUUUGUGCUGCGCUACCUGCACGAUUUCCGCUUUGCCUUUAAAGAGGGCGGCUUUGUCUACUUCCUGUUUUCUCGGACACUCGGGGUUCAGGACAACAAGAACUUCACCUUCAUCUCCAGGCUGUGUGAGAAGGACCAGAAUUAUUACUCGUACACUGAGCUGCAGCUCAACUGCAGUGCCUCCAACAAGUACAACAAAGCUCAGGCUGCUUUUGUUGGAACUCCAGGUGACGUUUUGGCACAAAAUUUGACUGGCCCAGACAAAUAUGGAACAGUUUCAGCAUCAGACAAAGUGCUGUUUGUUACCUUCUCUUCUGAUGUGGAAACUUCGUCGGCCAUGUGUAUGUUCCCUCUGAAGUCCAUCGAUGAUCGAAUGAGGAAGAUACUGGACGCCUGCUACAACCAAGAAGGAUUCAUCGACCAGAAUCUUGCUGCCUAUUCACCAUAUUCAUCCAAGUCGGGGAACCUGUGCAGCAGCAGCAACAACAACAACAACAAUAAAAAAAUAAGAGUGGAGGAGUUUCCUUGUGGAGCAGAAUUCCUGCUUUCACCGUUAGCCAGCAAGCCUGCAUUCGCUUUAACAUCUGAGCCGUCAUUGGUCCGCAAGGGUCACAUGACUGCCGUGGCCGUGUCUGUGGAGAUGGAGCAUGCUGUGGCGUUCCUGGGCAAUGCCAACGGAGAGGUGCUGAAGGUCCACCUGUCUGCUCAUCCUGAGAUGUACGGCCGCGUGCCGAGCGAAGUCACCGGAGAGAAGGUCAACAAGAACCUGCUGUUUGAUUCCAGCCUCCAACAUCUGUACAUUACCACCGAGAAGAAGAUCACGAAGGUUCCAGUCCAAACCUGCCACCUGAAGACAGACUGCCAAUCCUGCGUCUCCAUGAAGGAUCCGUACUGUGGCUGGUGCGUCCUGGAGGGAAGGUGUACCAGGAAGCAGGACUGUAGCAGGUCGGAGGAGAAUAACACCUGGCUGUGGUCGCCCAAUCAGGCGUGCGUUCAGAUCGAAGCCUUCAGGCCGGCAAACCUCAGCUGCAGGAAGACACAGCAGGUGGGCGAGAGCUGUGACUCAGGAUGUGCAGGAGCAUGAAUGUGUGACUGAGGACUGGAAUCCCUCUGAGCAGCGCUAAACUCGACUAACCCGAGUCCGUCUCAGCUGCGUUUUAACUUCCGUGGUUCCGGUUCUGAGCACAGGAACCAUCACCAAUUGAAGGCAGUGUAAAGGGUUAAUUUACAUUUAUUUAAUGAGCCAUAAGACAUAAAUCCAUAGUAAAUAUGAAAUCAAUCUUAUGGAUCUUUGGGUACUUUUAACCAGAAGAUUGGAACUUUUUAUUGCAGGGAUUAUGUAACACUUCAUAUUAACUGAGAGACAAGAGAAGAGAAAGUCACCUUUAAAACGUUUAAGAAGAUUUAUUUCUAAACAAUUUUAAACAAGGCUAACUCUAAACUCUAAGUGAAUGGAUGGAUCUUGGUGUGAAUGAGACGUGAGAUGAAUGGUGUAUGUGUGAGUGAUGUUGUCAUCAGAACUCUCGUAUCCGGAGAAGAAAAGAAAAAAGAAAAUAUCAUUUCUAUAGCGCCUCUCAAGAUAAAAAUCACGAGGCGCUUCAUCAUCAUUCAGAAGCAAGUCUGAAUGAUUUAGUGAUGUUUUGCUCUUAAGCUAUGAUCGGAGUUUCAUAAACACGAGAUGCCAUGUUGUCGCUCCACACAUACCCUUCAGAUGAGACCUCCGUACAGAUCCAGACUGCCAGGUCGUCAGACCCCCCUUCGGUACUGGAGCCGAUGAAACAGCGUCUUCAGUACGACAGACUAGUCUUUGGAUUGUCUCCAGGUAAAAAGCGACAGUUGGUUGACAGCGUCAGAUGGACCCGGAGGGUCAGUGAGUUCAGCUUUUAUUCUGAAAGGAACCGUUGCUUGGUUAGUAAAAUGCAACAGAUUUUAUCCAGCUUGUUGGUUCUUUGCUUAAAAAGGAAGUCCGGGUGGCCGGCCCGAUACUUCUCUUAGAAUGAGGUGAACUGUAGAGAACUGAACUAAGAUGGCGUGUGAC